AUGCGUAUGCGUGAGGGGGUUGAGCGCCUCUAUGAUCUAAUUUACGCAGAUAGAGGGUCUUUGAAGGAACCGGAGAAGAAGAAGAAAGGCAAGGGGCGCCCCAAAGGAAGCAAGAACAAGCCACGUGAACAAACCUACACUCAAUAUGAAUUUCAGCAAGCUGAUGGGCCUCCUCAAGAUGAGCUAGAGGAACGUCCAGACUUGUACGAUUUCUUCUUCGAAAGGGACAUUCCCAAGCAUGUUAGAUGCAUACGCCAUUGUCAGAGUCCUUGUCCUCAACCCUACAGGAUGAUGACUUAUAUGGACUUGCUCAUGUAUGCCACUCGCUUCAAUAUGAUCAUAUUCUUGUACGGGCGUGGAGAAAAAGGUCAGAAUAUGAACACAUGUUCGUACACUGUGUUGCCCCUCAUCGCUCCCAGGGGCCCUAAUGGGCAUUUGACCGGACCGGCUCAGGAGAUUGCCAUGGCUCACUUAGGCGAUUACCCGCAUUACAUUCGGUUAGAUUUUGUGGUUCAGAUUUUCCAGUUCCGUCCAUACCUUACCAUUGGUUUGAUCACCGUGACACUUCCGUUAUUGGUUGGGAGGAGCCAUAUCGCCAGAGAAUAG